AUGGAGUCAACCUCACCCUUUGCAUUCCUUCGAGUCCUCGAGGCUUUGAAGAAUAUCCAGCGUAAGGGCUGGGCAAAGCGGGGAAUUCAGUCCCCAGAGAGCGUGAGUGAUCACAUGUAUCGUAUGGCUGUGAUGGUUUGGAUGAUUCCCGAGAUCGACAAUGAAAUUCGAAUGCGAGCGGUCAAGAUGGCAUUGGCCCAUGAUAUGGGCGAAGCGAUUGUUGGAGAUAUCACUCCGUCAGAUGGCGUUCCAAGAGAUGAGAAGCUGCUCAAAGAACGCCUUGCCCUUGCCUACCUUGCAUGCCUCAUCAGACCGGUGAAUCCAUCUUUUGCCGAUGAAAUAGAGGAACUUUGGUCAGAGUUUGAAGCUGGUGAUAGCAAAACAGCGCAGUUGGUCCGCAGUGUCGAUGCUCUAGAGUGUAUGCAUCAGGCUGUGGUAUAUGAAGAGCGCUCGCAACUGGUGAAGGACCUUGGCGAAUUCAUGGAACUGGAGACAAAAGUCAGCGCGUCAGAGCUCAGAGACUGGGCUAAGUGUUUAAAGCAAGAGAGGGACACACUAUGGUCUUCCAACGUGACACAGGAUCUAACCUUCUUGUUUAUCCUGGGAGGCCCUGGCGUAGGGAAGGGAACGCAAUGUGCUCGAAUUACUCAGGACACAUCUUCUGUGCACAUUUCAGUGGGCGAUCUCCUUCGUGAAGAAACAAAGUCAACCUCGUCUGGGUUCGCCGACUUUAUCAAGGACAGCAUCAGAAACUCAGUCAUCAUUCCGGCAGAUUUUUCAGUACGCUUAAUACAAAAGCGAAUUGAAGAAUCUCAAAUGGAAACAAAAUCCAUUGUUAUUUUGGAUGGAUUUCCGAGGAGCUUAGACCAGGCCCGUGCUUUUGAGGAAAAGAUCCGAGGAAGAUUCUUUACCAUACUUCUGAAAUGCUCAGAAGAAGUUCAGCUAUAUCGCUUAAACCGACGCUCGGAGUCGUCUGGCCGGAUUGACGAUAAUGACGACUCCAUCAAGAAACGUUUACGGACAUUCUCUCAGGAGAACUUGAAAAUUGAAAAGCAUCUUCAAAGCAAAGGUCCAUUUUGGACGAUCGAUGCUAAUGGUUCUGCCGACGACGUGUACGCUUCCAUCAAGGUUGUUGUGGACGAGAUCACGAAAGAUGCAAGUCAAUAA